AUGGUGCACAUUUACAACGACAUAUUAUCAAUCAUAGUGGUCGUUAUCAUUAUCUACAUUUCACAUUUUUAUUAUAAAUACAUUACUCGCGAAAAUCCCCUCCCUGGCCCAUUACCUCUUCCCUUAAUUGGUAAUCUUUUUCUAUUCCGUCAUGACAUUAGUGAGUUUCCGGCCCUACUUCAAGAAAAGUACGGAGAUUUUUUUGAGACUUAUAUAGGCCCCAGAAGAGUUGUCUGGCUCUGUAAAGAAGAAUCGUUUAAAAAAUUGUUGACCUCAUUGAACCACUUUAAUCAAGUGACUACAUAUAAUGAAGGUCUUAGUGAAGUUGGGUUAUCAAACACUGGAUUAAUCCAUAACUUGGAUUAUAAAUCUUGGGAAUUCUAUCGAAGGUUUUAUGCGAGAUCUUUAUUAAAACCUUCGUUUAAUAUUCAAUCCGUGGAUCGUAUUCAGGAGGUAUUUAGAGAGAUGGAAAGUUAUUGGGAACAACUCGAAGAAUAUACCGUGCUAGAAUUUCACCGUUGGACAAAAAGAUUUUUUAUGGAUACCAUAUUCCUUAUAGCUUCUAAUAAACCCGCACAUUCAUUAGCUAGCUACUAUAACAUGGUUUCGACCGAUAAAAAAGCCCAUAUACCAGAAAACAGCCUAAAGGAAAGCGACACUUUUAUAGAGGCCAUUGAUGGAUACCUUACAAGCCUCAUAUACUUUCUAAUGCUUCCAAAGUACAUUAGGGAAUUUCCAGGCCUUAAAGGAUACACGAAUGGCUUAAAGAAAAAGAUGAACUGGUUAAGGAAUAACGUUCAAAGUAUUAUUAAGGAGAGAAGAGGGGAAAUUGAAAGAACACCCGAAGACCAGGAGUUAGCACAUGAUAUAUUAACAAUGUUUUUAACGUUCAAUACUCCGCGUGAUAUUACCGAAAAAAUUGCAGAUAGUUUGGACGACAGGCCUAUGACUGAUGAGGAAAUUUGCGAAAACUUUAUAGAGAUUUUUACAGGUGGAAUCGACACGUCGUCGAAUUCUAUCUGCUAUAUAAUUUAUUAUCUGUCACAUUAUCCAAAAGUUAAAGAAAAAUUUAUAGAAGAGCUCGAUCGGGUUAUUGGAAAAGAUCAAAGUCGUAAGAUUUCCAAUGAAGACAUAAGAAAACUUGAAUAUUGCGAAGCUGUAAUUAAUGAAUGCUCGCGAAUAUUUUCAACUGUUCCUAGUGUGGGUAAAAGAAACGCAAAAUCCGAAAAAGUUGGUGGUAUGACAUUUUCGGAAAAAACGUUAUUUUUUGUUUAUUUUCAAGGAAUCCACAAACACAAAUCUCUAUGGAGGGACCCUAAAGAGUUUGAUCCAGAAAGGUUCAUGGGAAAAAACAAGGAAGAAAGCAAAAAACAUCUCUAUACUUUUGGUUUUGGAUUGAGAACGUGUCCCGGGAGAAACUUUGGAAUGCUACAGUUAAAACUUACUCUAGUACUAUUAUACAGGAAGUAUGAUGUCGAACUAGUUGAUAUGAAUGCACCGAUAAAGUUUCAUACCGCAGUAGUCAGGAUUUGCGAUGAACUAAAA